AUGAAAUAAUUUCAAAGAUUUAAGUCAUGGGUAACUAUUUUCUUUAACUUGUCAUAAACAUGUCAUUAUUAGAGAGGAAUAGUUUUAUAUUUGAUCCUUUACACUUGCUUGUAUUUCAAGAAAAGUCAAGACUUUGUCAUUUUUGUGCACCUUUCACAAGUGUUUCUGGUGGUACUGAACUUGUAAAGGAGUAUGAUGAGUGGUGUUUUAAACACCAGUUUAAUUCAAUAUGCUCUGAUGUAAUUUCUCUGUAUCCCUCAUUCGCAUAGUGAUAGUCACAAGUGCAAGGCCAUUUUACUAUUUUAAACAUAAUGUGUGUUGGUUCAAAAGAGUUUAAAAGAAUUACCCUUGCUUUUAUCUAAGUCAAUCUAUGGGUUUUGCUGGUUUUAAUUAUUACUUUAAUAGCUUCAUAGUUAAAUAUCUUUUUAUUUUGAUUCUUUACCAGUAUUUUCUAUCUGGUGGGGAAUUAUGCUAAAAGUUAUCUUUUAAGGAGAACAUAGAAGAAAAUUGACUUAGACAAUGUCACUUAAAAAAUUAUCUGGGAAUUUCCAUAAGCAUUGAAUUUUGCUACAUACAGAGUUAACACCAGCACCCUGUUAUCUGGUCCCUGCUCUCUGGAUGUGGAUUGGCUGUUCCUCUGCAUAGGAGAAAUAUGAGAAAGGAAUUUGAAGAUUCCACCUUUUCAGUACAAUUUUUCCAACUUUGCUUUGCCCUUCAGAUUUUAUUUUGGCCACCAAUCUUUUUCCUAAAAAUAAGAAAACCCUCCAAAUUCAGAGAAGUAUAUGCAUUAUGAACAUUAAUGGAUAAAAAAAUUAAAGUGUUAAUUUCCAAAUUUGAAUUCUCCUAAGGAGGAAAAACUUAAAUUCUAAGGAGGAAAUUAUUGCCUUUUUUAAAGUUAGUUUUACCCUGGCAUAGAGCAGGUGAUAUCUGAAUUUGAUGGAUUUUAAAUUUUAAUGACCACAGAGCCAUUUUGUUUGUACCACCAUCAAGCACAGUCUACUGCCAAGGGUUACCAUCUGAAUCCCAAUUUAUUACACACUAGUCAUGCCCAACAGGUAUCAGUGGACAAUGUAAUCUUUUCAAAGCUGCUCACAAUAGUGAACUAUGCAUAAGUAAUGGAAAGUUCAAAAAUCAUCAGUACUUUUCAGACCCUAGGGCCUAAGCCUAGAAGAGCUCUCCAGAGGUCAGAUGGCUCAUCUGUCUACAUCCAGGGAGGACUGUCACUCAGGCAUGCCCAACAGUAUAGACACCCAUUUAUUCCUAACAUCUCUAGGGAGGGUGGUUUCCUUGGCAACACAACCCAGCUCUUUUAGAUUCCUCACAGUAAGAACAUAUCUUGGCCUGUCUUUGUGGGCUAGGCACCUGGCAACAGUUGUGGUAAUUUGGGUCAUUGUUCUGAGAGAGAGACUCAAUGGAAGUUGGGUUUUCCCUACAUUCAAUGAUUAUUACUUAGGGUGAUUCUAUAAGUAUGUUAAGAAAUCAAAUUUUAAAUGAAAAUGUGGCUACUCAGAGGCUUGGCAACAUGACCUGGUUUGACGAAAAUGGUUUUGGUCUGCUUUUUUUCAUUCAUACCUUAUUUUAAAAAUGAUUGCUAUUAUGCCAGGAAAAGUGAAGGUUUCAGAUCCCCAAUGGCAAACACCACAACUAGAAUCAAAUGACUUUUAACUCCAGUUCACUGAGAAGUUAAAAUUACAAAAAAAAAAAAA